AUGUUCCAGCCUCUUCCCCGGAGCUCGAGGUCCCGGCCUCUUCCCCGGAGCGCGUGGUCCCGGCCCCUUCCCCGGAGCGCGAGGUCCCGGCCCCUUCCCCGGAGCGCGAGGUCCCGGCCCCUUCCCCGGAGCGCGAGGUCCCGGCCCCUUCCCCGGAGCGCGAGGUCCCGGCCCCUUCCCCGGAGCGCGAGGUCCCGGCCCCUUCCCCGGAGCGCGAUGUCCCGGCCCCUUCCCCGGAGCGCGAGGUCCCGGCCCCUUCCCCGGAACGCAAUGUUCCGGCCCCUUCCCCAGAACGCAAUGUUCCGGCCCCUUUCCCAGAGCGCGAGGUCCCGGCCCCUUCCCCGGAGCGCGAGGUCCCGGCCCCUUCCCCGGAGCGCAGGGUCCCGGCCCCUUCCCCGGAGCGCAGGGUCCCGGCCUCUUCCCCGGAGCGCAGGGUCCCGGCCUCUUCCCCAGAGCGCGGGGUUCCGGCCCCUUCACCGGAGCGCGGGGUUCCGGCCCCUUCACCGGAGCGCGGGGUUCCGGCCUCGUCACCGGAGCACGGGGUUCCGGCUCCUUCACCGGAGCGCAGGGUUCCGGCCCCUUCACCGGAGCGCGGGGUUCCGGCCUCAUCACCGGAGCAGGGGGUUCCGGCCUCGUCACCGGAGCAGGGGGAUCCGGCCUCUUCUCCAAUAG